AUGUCUACUCUCAUAAACGAAAUCCAACCUCGCCAAUUUUCCUUGCCUUCUUUGUGCAACAACAGCAUCGUCCCAAUAUAUCAAUCCUAUGGAAAGAUCAAGUUGCCUGGUUUGAAGGAGCUAUUCCAAGAAAGCUUUUUCCUUUCACAGCAACAGCAACAGCAACAAUCACAGUCUCCCUCGAUUCCAACUCCUCCUCCAAGUCAACAAUCCUUAUCUCCCGUUGUUCAAUACAGAGACGUAAGAGCCCCCUCUUUACCUACUCCUCCUGUUUCUGCUCAACCUCACCUUACCUACGAUAACUCUGCUCAAACAUCUCCCCAAUUACAACAAACCCAGCAAUUACAACACCAGCUUCUGCCACUGCUUCAGCAAGUGCCCAUCAACCAAAAUUCACAAUCUCAACAACAAACCCCCCAACAAGUGUCUCAACAAGUCCAGCCACAACACCAGCAACCUCCUCAAAUGCAUCAAAUGCAACAAAUACCUCAGGUCCAGCAAAUGCAACAAAUUCAGUCCAUUCAACAAGUCCAACCACAACAAAUACAGCUGCCUCAACCAAACUACCCUUACCAAGCUCAACAGUUUCAACAAAUGCCCACUCCUCCUUUUAUGACAAACUCUCCCAGCUAUUUAUAUACAGGCCCUGCUCCUGCUCCCUUAGCUCCUCAAAUCUAUCCUCUAGAUCAAUACCAAAGAGUCGUCACCCCCUUGAGCUCUUUAAACCAAUCGAAGGGAAACUUGAAACUAAUUCCCAAACAAGCAAGUGCUUGGUCCCAUGCUGACGAUAAACUACUAAGAUACUUGAAAGAAGAAAAAAAAUUGGGCUGGAGAGCUGUAGCCACUUAUUUCCCCAGAAGAACUCCAAAUGCUUGUCAAUUUAGAUGGAGAAGAUUGGUUAGUGGCAACGCAAGUCUCAAAAACUCUAUAAAUUCAAAACAAAAAUUAGCUAGUAAAUCAGUUAAAACCUCAAUCAAAUCUUUAUUAAACUAA